AUGUGUAUCCUUGAACAUGCAAGGAAUGCGUGGGCACUUUCCAUGGUCACACUCCGCUCCCCUGGCUAUACAUUUGUCGGAAACUGCGUGACUGUGGAGUCUGUACAAAACGCGAGACACAAGAAGCUUGUAUAUUCACAUCUCGCCCCAAUUCAAGGGGCGUCGGUACCCUUUUUUUCCGACAGCCCGAGACUUCGCCGACAGUAUUCUCACAAUGUUAUUACUGAGAUCGCCCACCCGGUGUGCAUUGGCUACGCCGGAAAGGCCCUCGUCCGACCGCAUGGCAUGAAUUUUGACGAGAUGCCUCAACAAACGGCCAAUUCGCUGCAAGCUGUUCAUGGGUUGGAUGUGCUGCAUAGUGACCCGAUUCCUGGAAACAUAUUCUGGGACGGAGGGAAUGGCCGCGUCAAAGUCAAAGACUUUGAGCGUGCAAUAAUCCAGAAUAACGAUGCCUGCCACUAA